AUGAAUGUGGAUAGUUUUCAAUGGAAUCUUUCCAUGAAGGUGAUCUAUUUGGUUCUGUUGUUUGGCUUUGUUGCCACAAUGUUUGCAGAUGAAACUGAUAAUACUGCAUUGAGUAGUGAAGAUGAUGAAGACGAAAUGGUGGACGAUGCACAUUAUGUUUACAAGAAACCCGUUUACAGAUAUCUUUACAAGAAACAUGGAUAUCCUUACAAGAAACCCGUUCACAAGCAUGGAUAUCCUUACAAAAAACCCGUUUACAAGCCUUACAAGAAACCCGUUUACAAGAAACCUGUUUAUAAGCCUUACAAGAAACCCGUUUACAAGCAUGGAUAUCCCUACAAGAAACCCGUUUACAAGCCUUACAAAAAACCCGUUUACAAGCAUGGAUAUCCUUACAAAAAACCCGUUUACAAGCCUUACAAGAAACCCGUUUACAAGAAACCUGUUUAUAAGCCUUACAAGAAACCCGUUUACAAGCAUGGAUAUCCCUACAAGAAACCCGUUUACAAGCCUUACAAAAAACCCGUUUACAAGCAUGGAUAUCCUUACAAAAAACCCGUUUACAAGCCUUACAAGAAACCCGUUUACAAGAAACCUGUUUAUAAGCCUUACAAGAAACCCGUUUACAAGCAUGGAUAUCCCUACAAGAAACCCGUUUACAAGCCUUACAAAAAACCCGUUUACAAGCAUGGAUAUCCUUACAAGAAACCUGUUUACAAGCCUUACAAGAAACCCGUUUACAAGAAACCUGUUUAUAAGCCUUACAAGAAACCCGUUUACAAGCCAUACAAGAAACCCGUUUACAAGCAUGGAUAUCCUUACAAGAAACCUGUUUACAAGCCUUACAAGAAGCCCGUUUACAAGCAUGGAUAUCCUUACAAGAAACCCGUGCCUUGUAACAUAAAUUUGGUGUUUGAAUUUGUCAGUGUGUGGGAGGAUGACCGAAAUAGCGAUGAUACGCUAAAACAUGUCAACUCAAUACACUUCGAUAGCCAGCGAGAAAGCCGGGAAAAUAUAAAUAUGGAUCAAAACUUAAUAAAUAACACAGUAACACCACCUUGUAAUAAAAAAAGACCUGAAGUUUAA